AUGAAUGUUAUGACUGAAAGUGAUGGGUCGAAUGGUACUACUAAGAAAGUAGCUUAUGCUUUGGUUGGAUUUUCACUACUUCUAACACUUAGGGUUGGAAUGAAUGGAGCCAUAUUCUGUAUGAAACGGUUUAGAAUACCCGAACAUUUAUUCAGUCUCUAUGUUAGUAGAGUUCACAAUGCAAUAGAACUUGGUGGGUUUGUUGGAAAUACUUUUGGUACAAUUUACUCAGCAUCUGAAGGUUUUGGAACUCAAGAGUGUGAAAAUGUAUCAAUCGCAAAUAAUUGGUUAUUCUUCCUUAUAAAUGUAGUUCUAUUUUCUGUGUAUGUAACUGGUGGUGAAGAGGGGCAUUUAACUGAUUUUUACUGGGCUUUGGCAUUUUCAGCCUUUGUGUAUGGAAUGAAUAUUCCUUUUAGUUUUAAAUUGGGCGGUGAUGAUAUAGUUUAUUUUUUAGCCACCAUUCAAGUCUCUGGUAUAUUUACAUCAGUUUAUCAGUUUAUAUUUUUGAAGCUAUUUGGUAAUAAGAGGAGGUACGAUACUGAUUUUCUCAUUAUUGCCUGGGAGUUGUUUUUAUCAAUAAUAAUUACAGGGGCUACUGCUGCCGUUUGGACUGUUGUUUACUAUAAUGGCACUAACAAUAGUAACAAAUGCGGUGAAAAGAAUAAAGAUAAAAAUGAAGGAAAUGACCAUUCUAAUGGUGGUGGUUCUUCUAAUCAGACUAGCGAUAGUAUUAGCGGUCAUGCAAUAUCUGCAAUGGUAAUGUGUGUGUUUGCUCAGGGUGUUGUGUACGUUUUUUAUCCAGCUAUAGCUCCGGGUAUGCUAGUUGACUUUAGGAAUGUAACUAAGAUCGAUCAAGCACUUCUUAUUAUUGCUCCUAUUCCAUACAUCACUAUAGCAAUUCUUGAUGUCAACGAGGAAACAAAAAAAUACUCACCCAAAAACAAAUGGGAAGAUGAAAAGGCGUAUUGGCACGGAACUCUGAUAUUUAUUCCAGUAAUGGGUCUUUGUGGUAUUUUAUUUAUAAAGGCAUUGCACUAUCCCUAUUCAGGAGCAUCUUUAGCUAUUGUAAAUAAACCUGGUAUGGUUGGUUUCUUGACUAUUUUGUUUUAUGUAAGUCAUAUGAUACUUCUUGCUGUGGGAUAUGCUGGUGUAGGACCAAACUGGAAUUCCACAGGUUCCACUGUAAACGGCUUUCUCACCAAUUUGUCUAUGAUACUACUGAUUUUUCUGGCCGAAGGCUAUAUAAAUGAGUUCAAAAAGCAUUAUAGAGCAUAUUGGCCAACAACAGGAUUGUCAAAUAAAAGAGCAUUUGGAUUCUGGUUUGAUAAAGCACUUCAAAAUGGAUUCAAAAAUAUUAUGAUGAUAUUCACUCGUGAUCUUAGAAGGGAUCUAUUAUCAGCACUUGACUAG